CCACAUCAUAAUACAGUGCGUACAAUCCAGAAUAUUGACCACGUACGUGAUUCGGUCGCGAUUCCGUCCGAAAGCUUUGUCCGCCUAAGCGGUCUAUUCUUGGUUUUGAUGUGUCGCAUGGGCAUCAGCACCAGCCAUUGAUCUUGGACAAAGCUCAAUGUCUGUCCAACGCUUGAGGAUAUUUUACUUCGACCAAUGCCUGAAAGAUAGUAGCCUACAUCGCAACAGUUUCGCCCUCCCUUCCCUCGAUUUUGACCUCCGUUCCAAACACUACCGAAGACUUGACAUCACGAAAUGACCAACCCACGAGCGGCGAAGAGGAGGAGGUUGUCCGACAUACAGUCUGCAGACCAGGAUGGUGAUAUUCAAAUGCGAGAUGACGGUCAGGAUCUUCACUCGGUUGCAUCGCCACUGACAGGGCAGGGCGGAUCGUCCACUGCCUCGAAAACAUCUCGACAACAACCCUCAAGGGCUGAGCCAGAUGCGGUUGAGGGCACAGCCAUGAAUGGGGCGGGUGACAACUCGGCGAACGUGGAGACUCCUUCACGGAGUGGCCUUCGGUCGAGCGGACGUCAACGGAAGCCACCGCAGAGAUACGAGGAAGAAGUUCUCAACACUCCGCCGUCAGUGAAGAGAACCAGAUCGUCUGUCGGACCAUCUGAGCGAACGCUACGAAGCACAAGGAGAAGUAGAUUGGUGCCGGGGACGGAAGAGGCUGAGGAGAACUCAGCGCAGCCUCAGAAGGGAGGACUAGCCAGAACGAGGUCUAAGAGAGCUUCCGUCAGAUACGCUCCCACAGAGGAACAUGAAGAAGAAGAUCAACUUGAGAGCCGAGAACAGUCGCUACAGUCUCCGACCCCAGAGGAUUAUCAAGAUGGAUUGGACGACCUUGUUUCGAUGCAACUACAGCAAGAUAUCACUCACCAGGAUGCGACCGAGAAAGACGACAGUAUGGUUACGUCCGAUCCUCUGCCUGACUAUGCAGAACGCUUCCAGAGGCUGGUUCAGGGAGGCCUUAACGAAGAACUACGGCUUCUGACAAAGGUGCUUCUCGAAAAGCUCAAUGGAAAGCAGCUCAUUCCGUUGAAAGGGCUAGAGAAUGAAUACACCAAGGUGCGUCAGCUCAUUGAGCAGACCGUCACCGCUGGCGAAGGUAACUCAAUGCUGCUCCUUGGGUCUCGUGGCUGCGGCAAAACCGCCAUUGUGGAGACGAUAAUAUCGUCGCUGAAGAAAGAGCACAUGAAUGAAUUUCAUGUGGUUCGACUCAACGGCUUCCUACACACAGACGAUCGACUUGCGCUGCGGGAGAUGUGGCGCCAACUCGGUCGUGAGACCAACACCGAAGAAGAGGCAGGCAAAGUCAGUACCUACGCCGACACCAUGGCAACUCUACUUGCUCUCCUGUCUCAUCCGGAGGAAUUGUUCGGUCCUUCUGGAAACCCGAAGGCCGUCACGGCGGCCAAGUCCAUCAUCAUCAUUCUUGAUGAAUUUGACCUGUUCGCGACUCAUCCCCGACAGACCUUGCUCUACAAUUUAUUUGACAUCGCACAAGCUCGCAAAGCUCCAAUAGCUGUGCUGGGACUUACCACGAAAGUCGAUGUGACCGAGAUGUUGGAAAAGCGUGUCAAGAGUCGGUUCAGUCAUCGAUAUGUCUACGUUCCACUUCCCAGAAGCUUCGAAACUUUCUCGGGAAUCUGUUUUGCGGCGUUGAACUUGGAGGACAAUGAGAAGCAAUGCUUUUUUGACGGUGUCGCACCCGGGAAGGGAAACACACUAUUGGAGGGGUGGAGGACAUAUCUACAGGCACUCUGGGCCGACGAAUCGUUCAACCAUCAUCUGCAGAGGAUAUACCAUCAGACAAAAUCCGUCAAAGAAUUCUUCUCAAGUGCCCUACUGGCGAUGACUGAGUUGCACUACAGCACUUACGACUCCUCAUUCGAAAUCCCGACACCCAAGACCUUCAGCAACCAGGCUUUAUCGUGCCCGGAUCCUGCUCCUCUUCCCUUCUCUACGUCCACAACUAUCUCUGCAAGCCCGUCAUCUCUUCCGCUCUCGCUCCUGCUGGCCGCGACCCGUCUGACAGCGCUGUACGACCCUGGCGUCGAAGCCGGUCAGCCUCAGAAUCUAGCCCCACUUGCACUGUCCUUCCCCGCAGCAUAUGCGGAAUAUGUCCGACUGUUGACAUCUGCUAAGACAUCUGCUUCGGUAUCUGGCGCGACCGUCACUCCUGGACGUGUCUGGGGUCGAGAUGUGGCGCGCGAAGCGUGGGAAAAGCUAGUCAGCUGGGGGUUAAUCAACCCUGUCGGCGGGGGAAGUGGGACUGCAGAUGGACGGAUGUUCCGUGUCGAAGUCAGCUUCGAGGAGGUGGUUGCCAUGGCGGGAUCGGGUGGCUCACUAGGGAAAUGGUGGCGUGAGUGACACCGUCUGUUGUCACUUGCCACGUUUGUGAAACCACCAAGCUUAACGACUGUCGUGUGGUGUAUGGCGUGGAUGACAAGCACCAUAUCACAUGGCGCCAUGUUGCGGGGACAGGUUGAAGCCAAUCACAGGGUAUUUGGGGGCAUCUCGUCAUCAAGAUGGUUCAGAUAAUCUGCAACAAUUAAACAAGUCCAACGUCCAUGCAAUACAGCUCGGAAAACCCCCAAGCGACAACCCGAGAACUUUUACCUCGGCGCUACUGAGAUACGAGUUAGUGCCAGUAUGUCUUCAGUCAGUAAUCUAUCUAGUCUAGACGCUGCGUCUUUGAAUCGACAGCUUCUACUCCACAGUCUAGCCCAAUGUUUAUAUGAUGAUCAGCGCCACUCUCGGCCAAAAACGUG